CCUGCGGGAGGAUGCGGCGGCAGCCGCCGUGGCGGGGGUGCCGGGCAGCGCGGCGGCGGCGACAUGAGUGCGGGGGGCGGCCGGGGGCCGCUGCUGCUGCUGCUGCUGCCGCUGCUGCUGUGUGGAGGGCGGCCAUGGGUUGUGAAGAGGUCAGUUCCAGAUGUCUGUGCUACUUGCCACAUUUAUGCUACUUGUCAUCAAAUAGAGGGAAAAAGCGUCUGUAUGUGUAACUAUGGAUUUGUGGGGAAUGGAAGAACCCACUGUCAAGACAAAGAUGAAUGCCAGAUUGGAGCCACCAAGAUCUGUGGGAAUCAUACCGUGUGUCAUAACACACAUGGAAGUUUUUACUGUGUUUGCCUUGACGGAUAUCGUGCCUCUAACAACAACAAGACUUUUAUUCCCAAUGAUGGAACGAACUGUACAGAUAUAGAUGAAUGUGAAGAAUCUGGGCUGUGUGGUCACAAUGCAAGAUGUGUGAAUACUGAAGGAAGCUACAAGUGUUACUGCAUUGAUGGUUAUAAAUUGGAAAAUGGAGAGCAUUCUUUUCAUCCAGAUGGGAAUAUGGCUUCAUGCAAAGAAGUCAGAUGUGGCUCCCCUCCUGAGAUGAAGCAUGGCUACCUUGUAGGGAACUACAGCAUGGUACCAGGCAGUAUGGUUCGUUAUGAGUGUAAAGAAGGAUUUUACAGUGAAGACGGAACAUUUUCCAUUUGCACUGCAAAUGAAACUUGGGAACCUGCUAGUUUAAGCUGUAAAGGUGUGGAUUGUGGAAUUCCACCUUCUAUCAUAAAUGCGAGUCCAAUAUCUUUAAGUGGAACCACAUACAGAAGUGAAGUUACCUACAAUUGUAUUCCUGGUUACUUUAUUGCAAGUGGCAAUAAAACUGCAGUUUGCAAUGCCAAAGGACGGUGGGAUGGUACUGAUCUGGUGUGCAAAGAAAUAGACUGUGGCAAACCUUUGUUAAUUCCACACACAGAAAUAAUCUGGGACAACUCUACCACUCUGUGGAGCAGAGUGUACUAUCAGUGUAAAAAAGGAUAUUAUUUCAAUGGAGACAGGAAUUUUUCGGAAUGCACAACAGAUCAAGAGUGGGAAAAUAUUACAUACGUAUGCAAAGAAGAAGAGUUGUUCAGUAAUUUGUCCAUAUUCAAUGAAACCUGUUUGAAGUGGCAGAGAAAAACAGGAAGACCUGGGGCACAGGGAAUGUACACAUUUCGCAUACUGGGCCAAAGAUGGGAUGAGAAGACAUUCUCAGAGGCUGUGACACUUAACAUCACUACAAGUGAAGAUAAUCCAGAGGUCUGCUUAGAACUCAGCUCUGGCACUAACUACCUGGUGAAUAUUACUACCAUCUCUUCCACAAACAUCACUGUUUCAGUUACAGUAACAGUUCAAACAAAAGUAAAGGAAGCUUUCAACAAUGUGUUAAUUUUUAAUGACACCUGCUUGAAAUGGCAGAGAAAUAUCAGGGGAGCUGAUAUGGAAGACAGAUAUUCAUUUCAUGUGCAAGGCCAACGUUCUUAUCAGAAGGAGUUCUUUCAUGAAAUGACCUUCAAUUUUACCACAUACAAGCGGGCUCCAGAAGUUUGUUUUGAUUUGCAGCCAGGCACAAAUUACUCUGUUAAUAUUUCUAUGAUAGCUUUGAAUUUUUCCUUGCUGGUUUCCUUGACAACACAAAUUACAGAUCCCCCCUUCCCAGAUGUAGAAUUUGUUACUGCCAAAGGUUCUGCGCCCUUGCUCAGACUCCGGAAAGUGGAUGAUCGAAAUGGCCCAAUCAGUUUUUAUCAGGUGAUUGUGCUUCCCGUUGGUUUGCAGAGCACUUUUAUUUGUGAUUCCUUUGCUGCUGCAACUUUCUUUAGCAACACCACUGACACUGAGGGAUAUGUCGCAGCUGAAUUUCAGGCCAGCGAUGUUGCUGAUAACAUGUCAAUCGCUCUUGGAGACAGACAUUACUACGGAAAGUUUUAUAAUGCUCCUUUAAAGCUGGGAAAAGAGUAUUCUGUUUUUUUGAGAAUAAUAAGUGAGUGGAAUAAGGUGAGAACACAGUCCUGUGCUGUUUGGGCACAAAUUAAAAAUUUAUCACCCACUCUGCAAUACGUGACUGCUGUUGGAUUAGGGUCAGUUGCUGCUGUCUGCCUCAUACUGUUCCUUUCUUUCUCAGCAGCACGCUCCUAUCUGGACAACACAGUGCAUUGCCCACCUGCUGCUUUAGCCUGUGAGGCUGUACAUUUAUCUGCUACCACAGACAUGAAACGAGCAGGGAUCACAUCAUCUUUCCCAGAGAACGAAAAUGUCUCUCCUCUGUAAUAUGGUAUUCCCCUAAGUUAGCACAGAGAAAGUCCAGUUAUCUUUAUCAAAGUCAACAUAUGUCGGAUAUAGAUGGAUCUGCAUAUAGAUGUGUACUACAGUAUGGGCGACUGAAAUACAUUUGCUACUAGCAGAGAGAUGUUUAUGUCUCCCCUUGUUUCCAGAUGGUGCGGUGUGUAAAGGAGACCAUUCCCUGACAAACAAGUGGUUAUCAGACAUCAGCACGUAUCCUAUGUUUUCGCUACAGACUCUAGCUAUUUUAUCAGAGAUGCCUGAUAUGAAAGCCUAUAUUAUACUUUACUCCAUAAAUAAACCCUUAAUCUCAUGGGUUUUGCCUUAUGAUCAGCUGCUACUUUAGAUUCCUUAGCAUAUACAAACUGGUCCAUUGUGAGAGAAAAUACAAAUCACCCCUUCUUUCUGAAAAAUGCCUAUUGUAUAUCCAAGUAUAGUGGUAAAAAACUUUCAUCAGUCAUGCAAGAGUAAUGCUACUUCUGCAACAGGUACUGUUAUUGGCUGUGAAACUGUCACAUUUAAAUAGUGUCACCAACAGAUGUCUUCCAGAGAUAUUGCAAGCAUUGCCGAUCAGCAAUAAUUGUAAGUAAUACACCAGUCCCGUAACACACCAGUAAAACUGCGGUUUGCCAAAAAGCUGAGGCGCUUUCAGGGCUUAUGAAACUAUUUUAAAUAUGGAGCUACCUGUCUUAAAUGCAGUUUUCUUAGUCUGUGUUUUAUAAUUAAAGCUGAGUAAAGCCAUUAAAA